AGGCCCUCGCGCUGCUGAAGCGCCUGUGCACGGGCCCUGCCGCGCACGGCGAGGCUGCGCACGGCGAGUCCGCCGCGCCCGCACCCGGCGGCGACACCGAGGCGCCCGUGCGCGGAAGGUGCUUUGAGGGCCUGCACGGCCGCACGGCGCCCGCCGUCGCCUGGGAGGCCCCGGGACCCGACCCGUCGCGGCCCGUGGCGGCCGCCAGCGUGCUCGCCGCGCUUGCAGUGGCGCGGCGCGCGGCCGAGGCGCUCGGCCGCGGGAGCGCCGCCGCCGCGGCGGUGGCCGUGUCGGGCGACGAGUGGGAGCGGCUGCGCAGCUUCUCGCCGCUGGCGGCGCUGGAGGACCUGCCGCAGGCGGGCGCGCACGCCGAGGAGGCGCGGCGCCUGCUGCGGGCCCUGGCGGGGCCCUGGCAGCUGGGGCUGCUGCGCGCCAACGCGUGGCUCCUGAAGCCGAGCCUCAAUGGCGGCGGCAACGGACGGGGCAUCCUUCUCCUGGACAGGCUGCCGGUGGACCCGGCCGACUUCCUUCGCCACGCGGCAGCGCUGGGCCGGGGCGGCAGCGCCGGAGCGCAGGACGCACAAGACGGGUGCCUGCUGCAGAAGAUGGUGGAGGAGCCUCACCUCCUCGAGCAGCAACGGAUGGCCGCCGUCGCUCAGGAGCUGGGACACCCGGCCCCGUCGCCGAGCGUGCCGAGGGGCGGGCACUUCAACGGGGCCCGUCGGGCAACCUGCGGCUCUGGGUCCUGGCGUCGAUGUGCCCGUCGCCGGCCAUAUGCCCGAGCCCCCCUCUCGCGCGCGGGCCCCUCCCCGUCACCCCCCCUGCGGUGGCGGCGGGGGCGGUCGGGCGCGGCGCAGGGGGAGGUGAGUCAGGUGCACCUCUGGCGCCCCAAAUCGAAGAAAAAACGACCGCCAAAAGUUUACUGUUUAUGUCGUUGUUGUUUCUACUCAAGGUGCAACUUUUGCGCGCUAAAUCAGGCGAUCGCAAACACGGAUCCAGUGGGCGUGGAUAAGCGACG